CGAAGAUGAACGAAGGUUUUACGGGUUUGGAACAACAUGAGGGUGAGUAAUUACUGAAAGAAAUUUCAUUUUUGGGUAAACUAUCCCUUUAACCUGUGUUCUGUGGCUUAUUGAAGUGAGCAUGUGUGAUGUGUGACAGGAAAGUGUCCUUAUUGUGGAUUUAAGCACAUCCAGAGAGAGCAAGCGUUUUCUCUACCCAAGAAACUCUUAAAAUGUGUUCUCAUCUCAUGCAGAGGUGGUACAGUCAAAAUCCUGCAUCCGAUACUGGAUGAGAGGAGAAUAUGAGUCUGUAAGAUUCCCACUGAUAUUCUGGAAUACUCUUGGGCUUUAUUUAACAUCACAAGUGACAUGACAUAUGAAAUACACAAAGUCAGAUACACAUAUGGUUUGCUUUUGACGUCAUUAACCUGAUUUACUUAUAAAGGCACACAAUCAGUCAAACAUACAUUACAAGAAUGUAGAAACAUUAUAUAUAUUACACAAGGAUAUGGAUUUUCUAUAGGGUUCUAAAAUCCUAUAAGGUUUUUGUGGAGGGAACUAGGUGAGGUGAACUACCGGGUUGGCCUUCAAAAAUACGUCAUCACUGCGGCACUCUGUUCUAAACAAUAUAUAGCCAUGAUCAUAUUGUUUGUGUAAGAAAAUAUGUAAUUUUAACUGUAUAAUUUUAAGACUUAAAAGUAUGAAAAGCAAAGCAUGCUUUGAGAUUAGCCUGGCUGACUAUUUUCCUUCAGUAAUUUCCCUUCUACAUCAUAUAAUGUACAUCAUAUGGUAGAGAACUUUUAGUAAGAAUCAAAAUAAUAUUUGACAUUAAAGAAACUGAAGCUAAUGUAUUUCUCCUCUUCAGGGCGUGGAGUUUUCACCACUGGAGCUUUUUUCAGAGGUGAUUUUGUUCUUGAAUACAGAGGUGAACUUUUGAGUUCACAGGAGAGUCUGGACCGAACUGAACACUACACUGAAGCUGAGAACACGUUCCUGUUUGAUUUUCAGUGGCAUGGAAAGAAUUGGUGCAUGGAUGCAUCUAAAGAAGACUUGUCUUUGGGAAGACUUGCAAACGAUGAGACCAGAAAUCCUACUUGCAAAAUGAGAACCGUUGAAGUGAGCAGAAAACCUCACCUGUGUCUGUUUGCUGUACGAGACAUUCUACCAGGAGAGGAAAUCACUUACAAUUAUGGAGACUCAGAUUGGCCAUGGCGAGUCAAGCCUUUGAAUAAAGCAUCAGCAGAAUCCACUGAUAAAAAGCCAGCCAGCAGUUUGCGCCUGCAUAAAUCCCCCCAUUGUGCAGCUUCUGUUUCCUCUCCUGAACUGGACAAGGUAAACAGCAAUGGUCCUCAUAAGCAGUCAGGCAAAGCAAGAACAUCAAGGAAUAAAACGGCGGCCAGUCUCUUUUUUUCUGUAGCCACUCCAAAGUCCAAGUCACCCACGUCACCUUCAACCUCGCCUGUGCAGCCCUCAUCAUCCUCGCCUGCCUACAGAGGAGGAGAGUGCAUCAACAAAGCUGCUUGCGAAUGUGGCAUAAAGAACCCUGAAGCACUGUCAUCAACUAGGCUCAGGAAACACAUAGCAACCAUGUCUAAAAUUCUUAACCUUAAUGAGAAUGAAGCAGACCAACUGGCUGAUUUCCUUGGUCACGAUAUCCGAAUCCACAGACAGUUUUAUCGGUUACCAGAGGGAACACUGCAGCUGGCAAAAAUGAGUAAAGUCCUAAUGGCCAUGGAGAAAGGAACACUGUCUGACUACAAAGGAAAGAAACUUGAUGACAUUGAAAUCGACCCAAAUGAGCAACUUGAGGCCCAAGGUGAUUCCAUGUCAAGUGAUGAGGAGGAUUCCAGUGACCUAUCUCAGACACCAGCACCAGUACAGACUGAUCAACCUGUUCAAUCUGAACAAGCUGUUUCACAGGAGGAUCAAGGUUCUUCAAAUGCUCCAAAAAAGAAAUGGGAGGACAGUGAGGUAAAAGCAGUAGAGAGACACAUGAUGAGUUUCAUCAAGACAUGCAAAGUUCCUGGUAAGCAAGACUGUGAAAGAUGCAUUCACGCAGAGCCAGAAGCUUUACGCAGCGAACAUGGACUGGUGUGAAAAAUGAUGUGCGGAACAGGAUCACGACUCUUAAAAGAAAGGGUGGUUUGUAGGGAGGGACAAACACUUCAACACUUUGCACAUUAUGCUCUUUUUGUAGGAAAUGGAGCUAAAUUAAAAGAAAUGAGGAUAAAGGUGUAGAAAUAUUUUGUGGAUGGAAUGAAACAGAAUAUAAAGUGAAACGUUAGAGUAUAAGAAGGCUAAUGAAGAAGUAGAGGAUAGUAAGAGUCAAUUUUCUUUGUUCAGUUACAAUAUAGUUGGAUGAAAUGUCAUGUUAAACUUUUUGAUAUUUCUGUCAUAGAGGGAGGGGAGAAUGUAAAGAUGAUAAAAAAGGGAAGAGUGAAUAGCUGUGCUGGACAUGGGCUGUGGCUGGAUCUAACCGAUUGGUGAGAGUUGCUGUGUGCAGACUAG